AUGUCGAAGGAUUCCGGAGAAGGAGAACCGGUGGCUCGCACACUGGUCUUAGACCUCAUCGAAGGAGUCCUCGUACCUCCGAGGUCUUUCCGUAGGGACGUGCUCAGAGACGCCCUGUUGUACGAGGCUCGCCCUGGCGACAUCUUCCUGGCGACUUACCCGAAGACCGGGGCCACCUGGACCCAGUACACCCUGUGGUUUCUACUCAACCUGGACAAGGACAAGCAGCAGGAAAUACCAACGUUCACAGACCUCAUGACCAAGCAUUGGCAUUGUCCCUUCCUAGAACUGGUGGGCAGAAAAGUCGUCGAAGCCACCCCAUCACCCCGAGUGAUCAAGCACCACCUGACCUUCACCAUGUCGCCGUACCAUCCCGACGCGAAAUACGUCAUCAUCGUCCGCAACCCUUUCGACUGCGUCGUCUCCUUCUACCACCACUGCAUGGGAGACAGGGUGAACCUGAGGAUGCGCGCGGACACGACGUUCGACGAGUUCUUCGAGGACUUCAUGGACGGCUACGUCACGUUCGGCCACUACUUCGAGCACGUCCUUUCCUGGUACGCCCGCAGGAACGACCCGAACGUCUUCUUCUUCUACUACGAGCACUUCAAGAGCGACCCCAAGAAGACGGUGUUGGCGCUGGCGAAGUUCGUCGACGCGUCCAUCUGGCAGAAGUUACGCACUGACAAGGCGCUCUUGAACGGCCUGUUGGAACGCAUCUCUUUCGUGAACCUCAAGUCUGGAGUCAAGAUAGAAGGCGACGUCCACCAUACAUCGAGCGAUCACCAACAUCCCACUGGAAAUGGCGACGCAAAAACGAGUCAGAAGAAGGGGGCCGGUAAACCUUCAGCUGAGAAAAGUUCCGAUAACGCAGAAGACCCUUCCAGAAACACGGGGACACCUGAGGAAGAAGAGAUGGUGGCCUUUGCCAACUUCUUUCGCAAGGGUCAGGUGGGAGAUUGGAAGGGCUACUUGAAGCCGGACCAGGAGAAGCGUCUACGGGAAGUGUACGAAAAGCGCAUUCGCGGAACGGAGAUGUGGGACGUUUGGAAGGAUUACCUGGGUUACAAGGAGUGA